CCCCAGACAGCCCCACCGUGUCACAGCGUUGCGUCGCGGCGUGAUUUGACUGGCUUUUCUUCUCCCUUCUCGCUUGGUGUGAUCGGGUUUGGGGUUCAGAUUGGAUGGAGCCGUACUUCCUGUUCCACCGGGGUGUGCCCGAGGCCGUGCGCGAGGAGGAGGAGGACAUCGGCUCGCCGUCGGAGUCCGAGUCGCUGUCCACGUCGAGGGACUCCGCGGGCUCGUCGUCCGAACUGGACGACGACGCAAGCUCCUCCGGCUCGGACCACCACCGCCGCUUCGAGAUGUCCUCCCUCAUGACGCAGCUCCCCUUGAAGAGGGGGCUGUCCAGGUUCUUCGACGGCAAGUCGCAGUCGUUCGCCUCGCUGGCUGCGGUGGGUUCCCUGGAGGACCUGGCCAAGCCGCUCAGGAAGCGCCCCAAGCCGUCGCGUUGCUGCGGCGGGGGCCUCGACGCGCACCGCGGCCGCUUACUCUCGCCGCGCCGGCAUUGCACCAAGGCCGCCGCCGGCGCAGGCUCCAAGAAGGUGGUCGCGACACACUCGGUGCUCGGCGCCGCGCCGAGAAGGCCGCCGCUGGCCAUGCCGGCAAGGCCGGAGGGCGUGGCCGGCAAGGUUCUGGUCGUUAAUUAAGGGGUUCUUCGGCUUGGCUCGCUCAAGCUUCACAUUGACGGCGCGCAGGCACAGCCACGCGCCGCCGCAUCCACCUGCCUGAACAAACUCCCUGGGCAAUGGCGUGUUCACCUUUUGUUUGGUUUGUUGUUUUCCCAUGCGUUCUUGAUCCUUGCAGAGGGAGCUUUGUAAUGUAAAUCCACGGUUGAAUUAGAAUGGCUACUUGAAAUGGAAA